GUGGGAGGGCCGGGACCCCCUCUCGAUGUCGUUGAGUCCCUCACGGUGUGCCGCCCCCUCACAGCGUCCCCCGGUGUCCCCUCACGGUUUGUGCCUCCACAGCCCCGAGCGCGCCGCUGCCGAGCGGGCCCCGAGGAUCUACACGAGGACGGGAGACUCAGGAUUCUCCAGCACCUUCACCGGGGAGCGGCGGCCAAAGGGCGACCGGAUCUUCGAGGCCCUCGGAGCCACGGACGAGCUGAGCUCGGCCAUAGGGCUGGCUGGUGAGUUUAGCAGUGAAAAGGGUCACACGUUUGUUGAUCAACUUCAUAAAGUCCAGUGCAUGCUGCAGGAUGUGGGCUCCAACAUUGCCACGCCACUCUCCUCAGCCAGGGAGGCUCACCGCAAGCGAACAUCGUUCAGCGAGAAGCCUGUCCUGGAGCUGGAGCAGUGGAUUGACAGCUACUCAGAGCAGCUGCCUCCCCUCAGAGCCUUCAUCCUGCCCUCUGGAGGCAGGAGCAGUGCUGCUCUCCACUUCUCCCGAGCCGUGUGCCGCAGGGCUGAGAGGUGCGUGGUCCCUUUAGUCCAAGCAGGGGAAGCAGAUCCAAACGUGGCCAAGUACUUAAACAGGCUCAGUGAUUAUCUCUUUGUCCUGGCACGUUAUGCUGCAAUGAAGGAAGGGAAGGAAGAGAAAAUCUACAUAAAACCUGAGCCCUAGCUGGGAGCUGGAAUGUUUUUCCCUUGAUCAUGGAAAACUAAAUCCAGUUGACUGUGUUUGUCCAUCAAGGAAGGGAGAGAGAACAAGCCUGGACUGGAAAUGGGAGCUGCCAAGGAUUUCCAUGUGAAAAAAACAGGACCUUGUUGAUAAAUCCUGAGAGGAACAGAAUCACAGAAUAUCCUGAGUUGGAAGGGACCCAAACACACCUGUUCUGUUCCAUGGGCCUGGCCCACACAUCCCAUGUGGGGAUGGCUCUGGAGUCACUGCUUCUCCCAGGUGGGAGUUGAGGCAGGAGAAUUCCAUAACAUUUUGGAGAUGCCUUCAUUUCCCUGGGCAGCAGCAGGUGCUGUGGGAAGGCUCUGACAGGACUCUGAGGGAUGAUGAAGGGAAAACAAUCAGGAAAGCAAUCAGCUCCUCCUUUGAAGUCACAGUGCUCGUAUGGAGCAGCAGCUGGAGGCGUUUGGGAAUUGUGUCCACAGCUCUGAAAUAAUAAAUGUGAAUUUCCUUGUACCAAAGGGCCACAAACUGUCACAUUUUAACACCGAGCCCCAUGAGCUUUGCUGCUCCAAGUCCCUUCCAAUCCAUCAGCUCUGGCUGGAGCUGAGUUGUACAGAUUUACAGGAAUGCACCAAGAAUUCCUUGGCUCUGCCUGCCUCUUGUUGGGCAUGUGAGGAAUGUCCCUGUGCUGACAAUCCAGGGCAUCCUCUGCCAGGAACGGGGCUCACAGGAUGGAGGGGGUGAAGCAGGAAAGGCCAGAUCCCAGGGUCCUUGUCUCCAUGUGGAGCUGUCCCUUGGAAUGGUGGCACCAGCUGCCCCUCCAGCUGGAGGAGCAGAGCCCAGGUGAGGAGCAGGACCCUGCUGGAGCUGGGUGAGAGGGGCAGCACCCCAAGGGCUCCUCCCAGGAUGUCUGUGCUGAGCCUGGAAUUCUUCUCCAUGGAGCCUUCAGCAAAGCAGGCUAGAGAGAGCUCACAGCCACAUCACACACAAUUCCAGCUUUGCACUCAUGUCCAAGCUGCUUCCAGCUUGGAAAUACAAUUGGGAAAUACCCAUGUGAACCCUGCUGGUGUAAUUUUUUCCCCCUGGGAAUGCUGUGGGCUUCAAGGUGGUGAUGCCCAUCCAGGGCUUGUCCUGCUUUUAGUGGGGCAGCUUUUAAGUCCAUCCUGCCCCUUUUUCCAUUCAAUUAUUUGAGCAGAACCAACCUUAAACUUGUUCUCCAAGGAAUCUCUGGCUCUGUGUCCCUUUUUGGGCAGUGAGGAAUGCCCAGGAAUGAGUGAGGAGGGCCCUGCACUAACAGAUCCCCAGUCUCAUCACUCACCUGGGUUUGAGGCAGAUAUUUCAUGGCUCUUGUUAAUGCACAUUUUUCAUGGAGUAAUUUUCCAAGCCUCAGCCUGGAACACAUCCCAGUGACAAAUGCUCUGGAUUUGGAUGGUCCCAUCAGCUGCAGUGUCACCUCAGCCAUUCCCUCUGCCUGCUCCAGCCAGUUUUACGAGAGCUCUGGCUCUGGGACUGAACCUCAGGAAUCAAGAGGCUUUUCAAGUUUAAUUUAAUAAAAUCCUUUGCAAUAUAAAUUCUUCAUGAAUGCUCCAUAAAUCAGUUUGGGGAGGGAUUUAUAGUAUUUCCUUUUUUUUUUCCCAGCUGGGGGGAAGAAAUCUCACUACUGUUUUGGGACCAAAGCU